AUGUAUGUUAUGACAAUCGUGUGUGGAAACCCUCCUCUUAACACCAGGAUCAUGGGGGGUCAGGAUGCUCUUGCAGGGAGUUGGCCAUGGCAGGCCAGUCUUCGCAGAUUCGGCAACCAUUGUUGUGGGGGAUCCCUCAUCAACAAAGGGUGGGUGGUGUCUGCUUCUCACUGCUUCCCCAGCACCAGUACAUCAAAUUUGGUGGUCUCCUUGGGUCGUCAGAGCCAGCAGGGCUCCAACCCCAACGAGGUGAGCAAGACGGUCGCUCAGAUCAUCCGCCACCCCAACUACACCAGUAGUACCAGUGACAACGACAUGUGUCUGCUGAAGCUCUCCUCCCCCGUGACUUUUACCAACUACAUCCAGCCAGUCUGCCUGGCAGCACCAGGUAGCUCCUUCUAUGCUGGCACUACUAGCUGGGUCACCGGCUGGGGAACCACCAACACUGACAACAUCACACUCCCGAGUGGCGCAGUGGUCUAA